AUGAGGACUGGAUCGGGAGCCGAUGAAGUAUAUACGCCCAAGCUGUGGUAUUACACAGAAUUGGAAUUUCUCAACGACCAAAUAGGAACACCUUCGUCGGUGUCUUCGUCUGAGUCAUCUUUGCGAUCAGUAUCACAGCGAAAAAAUAAAAAACAAACUGAACAAGAAAAUAGAGACCAAGUACUGGCAAAAAUAUUAAAAAAGCUGGAUAAUAUUGAAGACGAGUUUGAUGUAGUGGGAAAAAAUAUAGCCAACAAAUUAAGGAGUAUGGACGCUGACCAGAAAAUUCACGCAGAAAAGAUAAUUAAUGACGCUCUGUAUUUUGGAACACUGAAACAUCUCACUUUAGACUCAUGUAUUACUGGAACUCUUGGCAGAAUGAGUAAUGUUGUAGAAAAACUUAAUUUUUGCAGUACUUCCUUUGCCAGUGAGGCUACUUAUUCUCAGUCUGUGGCUGGGCCUGCAAACUAUACUAUUAAUAAUAAUAAAAUUGUACGAAGUAAUCAAAAUGUCAGCUAA